AUGGCGAGACCUAGACCUUCAAGAAUGCGUUCAGACUGGACAAUUGAUACUAUCACUGUUGAUCCCCUACCCUCGAAUGAGGUUCCCGAAGAGGAGUUUGAUAACGAAUUGACUUUGACGAGUGACGAUAUUCUUAAAGUUCAAAAGUCACCGGGAUUUUAUUUAAAUUUUUCCGAUGAACUUAAUAAUCAUAAACAAGAUAUUAAGGAAAAAGCAACUUGGGCUAUGGCAAAGCAAGUACUCAAAGCAGCUUUUGCUUAUUGGCUUGCUUUUCUCGUAGACCUGAUCGUACCGAUAAUGCACACAGUAGGCUCAAGUACUUUUCUGGCCAUUGUAAUGGUUUGUUAUUUUCAACCUUCGAGAACAUUUGGUGCAUUGUCAGAAAGUGCAGCUUGGGGAAUUGUUGGUGCUGUUAUGGCAUCACUUUGGUCAUUGAUUGGAAUCGUUAUAUCUAAUAUCUUACGUGAAGACGAGGUAUAUUAUACUCCUUCUACAAUAAUGAAUUUAAUUUUCUUGGCUAUUGGAACAUUUAUUUUAUCUUAUGAUAAAAUAAAAUGGCCACCUAUGCGUUUUGGUUCUAUAAAUGCUAUUAUUAUUAUGAGUUUUAGUUUAACCCAAUCUUAUAUUAGGCCACAUACCGAAUUUAAUAUUUUGAAAUCUUUACUAAUACCAAUGAUAAUAGGUCCUACUUGUUCCGUUAUUGCUAAUUUAUUAUUAUGGCCAGAAAAUGCUACCACAAAUUAUAUUCCUUAUAUGCAUGAAACACUUCAAAGUUUUAUAGAUUUACUUGAUCAAGAAACUCAUUUUUUUCUUCGUGACGCAUAUAAUAGAAAUACUAUAUCUCAAUUAAAUAGAGCUGUUCAAGAUAAUCUUCAAAAUCUUGAUAAUGCAAAGAGGGAAGCACAACAUGAAAUAUCAUUUUCAAAGAUUGGACCAGAAGAUUUAAUUGAAAUUAAUAGAUUAAUGAAAACUAUGUAUAUGACAUUAGGUGGAUUAGCUUUAAGUGGUGUAAUUGAAGAAGAACUUAUGAAAGAUGGUCAAGAAGGUACAAUAGAAAUUAGAAUAGAAGAUAAUAAUGAAUGUGAAUCAAUUUUUGAUCAAGCUUAUAGUUUUGAUGAUGAUAAAUCAUCACCACAUUCUCCCACAAAUACUAUUGGUACCUUGGGAAAAGAGGAAGAUUUAACAAAAUUAUUAUAUAUUCUUCGACCUAUUUGUACAGAACUUUCUGAAGCAUGUCAAUUAUGUUUGGCAGAUUGUAUUUCACGUGUUGAUCAUUUUCAACAUAAUUGUUGUGAUCCAUGGUAUAAAAAAUGGUGGCCAUUUUAUCGUAAAUCAACUUCACAUCAUUAUCAAAAUGUUGUGGAAGAUCCGUUACAACUUUUACAACUUGCUAUGGUUAAAUUUAAUGAUGCACGUCAAGAAGGUUUAAAUUAUCUUUUCGAGAAUCAAGAAACAAUUAGUCCUUCUCCACAAAGAAUUUUUUUAUUAUUAUUACUAUUUGAAAAUAAUCUUAAAGUUUUUUCUGAAAAUUUGGGUUUCUUGGUUGGAUUAAUUAAAAUUUUAGAAACCAAAAGAUUAUCUAAAAGAUUAUGGAUGCCUUCAAUUCCAUUUUUAAAACGUAUAAAAAAUAUUGGAGAAAGUGAUGAAGAUGGGUGGAAAGUUGUUGAACCUCAAAAUGAGGAAGCAGAAGAAGAUGAUUUAUUUGGUUCAAAUUAUUGUGAUCCUGAUGUGACACCACCUGUCACAACUAGUCAAAAAUUUUGGUAUCAAUUAUGGAAAAUAAGAAAUUGGUUUAAUAGUAAAUAUGCAAGAUUUGCAUUUAAGAAUUCUUUAGUAGUAACUUGUUUAAGUAUACCAGCAUUCUUACCUCAUACUUCAGAAUUGUUUGAUAAUUAUCGUGGUCAGUGGGCACUCAUUAGUGCGGUUUUAUCAUUCUCACCAACGACUGGUGGCGCAGUACUUCAAUUUUUUGGUCGUUUAAUUGGUUCGGGAGUUGGAGCUUUAAUGGCAAUAAUUUCUUGGGAAAUUACCCGCGGAAAUGCUUCUAAUGGACUUGGAAAUCCUACAACUACAGUAUUCACAAUUGCUGCAAUGGUUAGAAUUACUUUAUAA